AUGCAAAAUUUAGAAGAAUUAAAAAUAGCAAUUACUGGAGCUGCUGGUAAUUUAGCUUCUGCAUUGUAAUACUGAAAAUAUUGAAAUGUAGUUAUCCUCUUUUGGGAUCUGGUUAAGUGUUUGGAUCAACAUAAAAAUUUUCAUUGUAAUUAUUGGAAUUACCAGAAAAACUAUAAGAAUUAGAAGGAAUCAAAAUGCAAAUAUAAGAUUGUGCAUUUCCACUUCUAAAUAAUGUCAUUGUGUCAAGUGAUCCUGCAGUUGCAUUUAAAGAUGCAGAUGUUGCAAUAUUUUUAGGAGCCAUGCCUCGAAAACCAGGAAUGGAAAGAAGUGAUCUGUUAUAAAUGAACAAAGAAAUAUUUAUACAAUAGGUUCGAUAUUGAAAUUAUAAACACAGGGUUAAAUCUUGAAUGAAUAAGCUAAAACAACUGUUAAAGUUUUAGUUGUGGCAAAUCCAAGUAACACUAAUUGUGCUACUCUCGCUCAAUAGUGCAUUAAAAUUCCAUAACAAAAUUUUACAUCUCUUAUGUAAUUAGAUCAUAAUAGAUGUGUCUCAACUGUAUGACAACUUUUUUUAUUUUAGCUUGCAAGAGAAGCAAAUACAACUAUUGACUAAAUCAAAAGAGUGAUCAUUUGGGGAAAUCACUCACUCACAUAAUACCCAGAUAUGACUCAUUCUAUUAUUAAUGGUAAAUAAGCAUCAGAAACAUUUUCCAAAGAUUUCUUAAGAAAUGCUCUUAUUUAACAAGUUUAAUAAAGAGGAGGAUAGAUUUUAUAGCUAUCCAGAGGAGCAAGUACAAUCUCAGGAGCCAUUGCUGUUAAAGAUCAUUUAAGAACAUGGUUUCUAGGUACUUCUGAAGAUAAUUGGACUUCCUUUGGAGUAUUAAAAUUUAAUAUCUAAGGUCAUUUCUGAUGGAAAUCAUUAUGGAAUUCCUAAAGGCAUUUGUUUUUCAUUGCCUGUGACUUGUAAAGAAUUUGAAUUUAAAGUUGUUGAGGAUGUAGAAUUAGAUGAUUUCUCUAAACAAAGAAUAUAAUUAUCACUAGUUGAAUUGCAAAAAGAAUAGUAAUGAUUAAUAAUAAAUGAUAAUUAUUUAUAAAUGAAUCAAAAUUAUGAUAAUGACAGUAUAAUAAUAUUUGUUAAGUCUGCAAGCAUGUUGAUGUUAUUCCUAAUCAUUUUGUUUACAGGUAAUCUUCCAUACAAAUCAAAGACUUUUAGGGAAAACAAAGUAUAAAUCCAUAUUAUAUUUUUAGCCAUUGUUGUCUAUAUCUCAAGCUUUCUCAGGAGGAUUGUUUUUAUCUGUUGCUCUUUUGCAUUUAUUGCCUGAAUCACAAGAAAAAUAUGAAUAAUCCCUCAAUUUUGAUCAAAAUUCAGAAAAAGAAAUAUUUCCAUAUCCAUUUCUCAUAACGAUUCUAAGCUUUGCUUUAAUUUUAUUUAUUGAAAAGAUUGUGACAAAUCAUAAACACUAACAUUCAGAUGUAUCAAAUGUAUUAUUAAAAUCAGCAUAUUGAUGUACAACCUACUUAAAAUGUUGAAUUUAUUAUGAAAUCAGAUGAGAGUGUCUGUUGUAGUUAGAUUGGAGCAUGUUGUAAUCAAGUUGAAAGUUAGGCUUAAGAAGACUUACUAAGAAAAGCAAUAUCCUCUUAAGUAAAGAUGGCAUAAAGAGUAGGAUUUAAUGAAAUAUAAAAAAAAACUAAAAAUAAAAAAGCUAAAUCAUCUAAUCUAACUCCUUAUUUAUUGCAAUUAGCUGUAGGAAUUCAUGCAAUCUUCGAAGGACUAGCUAUAGGAAUAGAAUCAAAUCUUAGUAGAUGCAUUGGUAUUGCAUUAGCUGUAUUUUGUCAUAAAUGGGUAAAUAUUAUUUAAAUUUGAAUAAGGCUGAAGGUCUAACUCUAGGAUUGACAUUUAAAAAAGCUAAAGUUCCUCAUUCGAAAGCCAAGAAGCUUAUUGUACUAUAGGCUUUGAUGAAUCCUUUAGGAAUUUCUAUAGGGUGGAUUUUAUCAUCAAAUAGAGUUAUUAUAGUGAGUAUCUUUUAUGCAAUAUCUGCUGGAACAUUUUUAUAUAUUUCUACAAUUGAAGUGAUUGUAGAAGAGUUUAAUGUAGCUAGAUACAAACUCCUUAAAUUCUUAGCAUUUUUAAUAGCUAUCGGAUUUAUUAGUUCAAUUUGGCUAUUGGAGCAGAUUGAUUUUUGAGGAUACUAAUUUAUGGUAUAAAUAAUUCAAUUCGUGUCUAAGCUUUUUCUUUAAAUAGUUCCUUGUUAUAUAGGACCUUAAGCAGCUUCUAAAAGACUUAAUACUUUUCUGAUUUUGGAAUAAAUCUCAGAGCCAACCACACCGAGAGCAAUCCAAAACAACUUUAAAAAUUGAAAUUAAGUAUAUAUUAUAUAUAUAUAUAUAUACAUAUAUUUAUAAAUACCAUAUAAUAAAAAGUGUUUUUAAAUUUAAUGAUUAUUUUUUGGAUAUAUAUAAGAAAUUGCAUGUAUUUCUUAAAUUCUAGGUCUUCUGAAUAAUUAAAUUUAAUUAACUUUCAUAAUUUUUUGAUUAAAAUUUGAUAAUCUGAUUCAUUAUAUUUUUUUAUUUGAUCAAAGUAUUUUACAAAUAUUUAGGAAAUGCUUUCUUGAUUUUUUAUUUACAUAUUCCACUUCAUGUGAUAAAAUCAAGCAUCCUUUAUAAAUCAUUUGCUUUGAAUUUUCAAUAUUGUAGUCUAUCCAAUUUUUACAUUCUUUAAUAUAUAUUUUUUGAAUUUUCAUCAUUUUAAUUACUAAUAACUUAACAAUAGUUAGUAAAGCAUGAUAAUAUAACAGAUUAAAAGAAUUUCAUAAAAUAAUUGAAAUGUUUAAUNUAAAAAAAAACUAAAAAUAAAAAAGCUAAAUCAUCUAAUCUAACUCCUUAUUUAUUGCAAUUAGCUGUAGGAAUUCAUGCAAUCUUCGAAGGACUAGCUAUAGGAAUAGAAUCAAAUCUUAGUAGAUGCAUUGGUAUUGCAUUAGCUGUAUUUUGUCAUAAAUGGGUAAAUAUUAUUUAAAUUUGAAUAAGGCUGAAGGUCUAACUCUAGGAUUGACAUUUAAAAAAGCUAAAGUUCCUCAUUCGAAAGCCAAGAAGCUUAUUGUACUAUAGGCUUUGAUGAAUCCUUUAGGAAUUUCUAUAGGGUGGAUUUUAUCAUCAAAUAGAGUUAUUAUAGUGAGUAUCUUUUAUGCAAUAUCUGCUGGAACAUUUUUAUAUAUUUCUACAAUUGAAGUGAUUGUAGAAGAGUUUAAUGUAGCUAGAUACAAACUCCUUAAAUUCUUAGCAUUUUUAAUAGCUAUCGGAUUUAUUAGUUCAAUUUGGCUAUUGGAGCAGAUUGAUUUUUGAG